CGCAAUCGCAGUCCACUUUUUUUUCUUCUGGACUUUAUUCUUUCGCAUUUUCUUCAAGGCAACAGAAAAGUUCUCCACCUCUGCAUUUCGCAGCACACUCACUACCUGCCUCUCUACACGAAUCCGGCGAAAAAAUCCAACAACCCAAAAAAAAUGGGCCAAAUUGAAGAACUCCCCGAUGACUUUGACGAAUCGCUUAACCUGAACGAUGGCGCCGCCAACGCCGCCGCCGCAUCGGCCGCCACAACAACGGAAGAAGAGAUCCUGCCGAUCAAGCACGAGCGGCUGAAGGAUGUGGAGAGCAGCGAUCCGAUGGCGCCGCGCAUGCCGCCGACGAUGCAGGCGGUGCAGACGCACACGACGGACGAAUUGGCGGAUAUUUUGAACCGGACGCCGUUGUUCAUGACGGAUAUGGAUAAGGCGUUGGAUGAGAACGGCGAGAACGUCAUGCUGGAUGCGAUCCGCGCGCUGCAGAAUGAAGGAACCCGCGGGGAGGUGGCGCAGAGCUUCCGGUCUGAGGGAAACGAGACGGCCAAGGAGAAGCGGUGGAUUGAUGCCAAGGAGCACUACACCAAGGCUAUUGCGGUGCUGCAGGCCAAGGAGGAUAAGUGGGAGAAGCCCGAGGAUGAGGAGGCGGAGAGAAAACUCCAGAAGGAGGUGGAGGCCGCGUGCUACAUCAACCGCGCGCUGUGUCAUUUGGAAUUGCAGAACUACCGCUCGACGACUCUCGAUUGCGCCGCCGCUUUGAAACUCAACCCCAAGAAUGUCAAGGCCUACUACCGCUCCGCGACGGCAUUGCUCGCUCUGGAUAAGAUCCCCGAGGCGGAGGAUGCGGCGGCGCGCGGCUUGGCCAUCGACCCCGAGAACAAAUCCCUGCAGACGGUGGCCGCCAAGAUCGCGGAGCGGAAGGCCGCGGUGGAGCGGGUGGCGGCGAGAAGGAAGGCCGAGGAGGAGCGCAGGCAGAAGGAGGCGCAGCUGUUGAGCGUCGCGCUCCAGGCCAGGAACAUCCGCACGCGCAAGACGGACGCGCCGCCGGAGAUGGAGGACGCGAGCAUCAAGCUCUCGCCGGACCCGCUGUCGCCCGAAAGCACCCUCGAGUUCCCCUGCGUGCUCCUGUAUCAUAUGGACGCGCAGACGGAUUUCAUCAAGGCGUUCUCCGAGAUGCACACCAUCGAGGAUCAUUUGGAGUACAUCUUCCCGCUGCCCUGGGAUUCGAAGCAUGAGUACACGAUCAAUUCGGUGGAGUGCUUCAUGGAGACCGUCACGGGCGGCUUGAUCCAGGCGGGCAAGAAGUUGCCCUUGCUGCAGAUCUUGGCCAGUGGCAAGGUGGAGGUUGUGGAUGAGCUGGUGAAGAUCUAUGUGAUCCCCACGUCGAAGAAGGCCAAGUUCAUCGCUGAGAUGAAGGCGAGGAGAUCGGGUUGAGACCGACGUCUCGAUUGCUGAUGCUGAUGUGAAAUGAAGAUAUGAUGGACGGUGACUCUCCGGGAGUGGAUAGCCGGUCUAUCCACAUGUACUGUACACGCUCUUGAGAUGAGGAUGGAUCAGGAUGGAUAAGCCAUUGCAGCAUUCCUAUAGGUUCUGACUUCCUCCAGAAGGACACUUCACGAUGACGCACGUUGUCAGGUGCACCCAAGCGUGCUUUCCUUGGUCCUCGACAAUCAUCUAUAGAUCUGGCUGAUGGCUGAAGAUCGUUCAGUACCGGCGCUUGAUACCAUUGUAGAUAUACAGUUUAUGACGAAUCAAAAGUUAUAGAUCUCGUUUGAACUCCUUGGGGAGAGUUGGUC